AUUGAAACGUAAAACUUGUAUCAUGAAGUUGUGUAUUAUUUUAUUUUUGGUGAAUUUUUCGGCAGCCGCUGACAUUUUGGCUUUUAUGGUGAUACCUGGUCUUAGCCAUCAUAGAGGGCUAUCUCCUAUAUUCGAAGAAUUGGCUGUAGAAGGUCACAAUGUAACAGUUGUAACUGCAUUUCCAAGAGAAAAGCCGUUGAAAAACUUCAACGAAAUUGAUAUUUCAAAUUUUACCACCAUGCAUUUUGAUAGUAUAAGAAAAUACUUUCCAAAACCAUUCCCGGAAAUGUAUCAGAUUGAAAUCAUACUUGGUUUGUUUCAUAAUAUUAAUGAUGUGUUGGAUAAAAUUUUGGAGGUGGAGAGUGUUAGAAAUGCCAUCAGAAGUAAAUAUGACGUCAUAUUGGUCGAAAAUAUUACGCCUUUAACGUAUGUAGCAGGGAUAAUGAACAGAGCGCCCAUAAUAAUUUUAAGUCCAGCACCUGGUUGGCUUGGCGGCCAUGAUGCCCUAGGUAAUCCAACACAUCCGGUACUUACACCCAAUUUUGUAUUAGGAAUUGAAGGCAACCCAUCCUUUUUUGACCGAUUAAGAAGUACCACAUUCAACAUUCUCUGGAGAACAUUGUAUACAUAUUACGACUUGCCAAGAUGCGACAAAAUAGCUAGAAAACACUUUGGCGAAAAUAUACCUUCAUUGGCCGAAGUCCAGAAAAAUACAAGCUUGGCUCUCUUCACUCAUAACUUUGUUGCAAACUCAAUCAAACCCACUGUCCCUGCUGUAGUGGACAUAAACUUAAUACACAUCAAGGCAAAAAAACCUCUACCAAAUGAUAUUCAAGAAUUUAUGGAUAAAUCCAAAAGAGGCGUUGUUUAUUUUAGUUUGGGUACCUAUGAGUUAACCUACAACACGACCGAACACAGAAUGAGUAUUAUAAGGGAAGCUUUGAUGAGUUUGCCGUAUGAUGUGCUAUGGAAAUAUCACAUUGAUGAAGACAUGCCUUGCAAUAUUAUGGUUAAAAGGUGGUUUCCUCAACAUGAUGUACUUGGCCACCCAAAACUUAAAGUUUUCGUGACCCAAGGAGGAGCAAACUCUAUAGAACAAGCCAUUUAUGAAACCGUUCCGAUGGUUAUGCUUCCCGUACAGGGAGAUCAAGGACAAAAUGCCAAAAAAAUGGUAUCCAUGGGUAUGGCGGAAAUGCUUGAUAUUUUUACAAUGACAAAAAAAGAUUUAACCAAAACCAUUACACAAGUUGCCGAAAGUCAAAAGUAUAAGGAUAGUGCAAUAAAACAAAGCAAAAUUCUUAAAGAUCAACCAAUGAAAGGAGUUAAAAAGGCUGUUUGGUGGGUUGAGUAUGUCAUAAGACACAAAGGGGCUCCUCAUUUAAGAAGUGGAUUUUUGGACAUGCCAUUUUAUCAAUAUUAUUUAUUAGAUGUUAUGGGAUUUUUCUUACUUUGUUUUUUUCUUAUUAUGGUUGUUUUUUAUAAAAUGUUAACUUAUGUUUUAAGCUUAAAAAAAAUAAUGUGCACCAAAAAAAUAAAAUCACAAUAAUAUGUCAAUAUUUAUUUUUU